UCCGAUCGUUGAAGUUUUCUUUGGCAAGAUCUGACCCCUCUAUCUCUCUCAGAUGGCACGCGUGCAUAUUAUCUUGUUUGGAUAUUUUCUUCUUUAUUUUGUAUGAGACAGAGUUUCUGAACCUUUACAGAGAGAUAUCUGGGAUUCUUCUUGCUCAGGAGGAAAUGGGUAAAAAAGGAAACUGGUUCUCUGCAGUGAAGAAAGCCCUCAGUCCUGAUUCAAAGAACAAAAAGGAACAGAAGUCCAAUAAAUCCAAGAAGUGGUUUGGAAGCAAAAAGAGCUUGGAUCCAGUUUCGUUGUCUGAGGAAACCGCUGAAUUGGAUGUUCCUCUUGCUCCACCUCCUCCUGCUAUAGAAGAUGCGAAACUAGUUGAAGGGGAGAAUGAACAAAGCAAGCAUUUCUACUCUGUCGCAUUUUCCACAGCUGUUGCUGCAGAGGCAGCAGUUGCAGCUGCUCAGGCUGCUGCUGAGGUAACCAGCACUGUUUCCCGUUACUCUGGGAAGUCGAAAGAGGAAAUAGCGGCUAUCAAGAUUCAAACGGCUUUUCGAGGAUAUUUGGCAAGGAGGGCAUUGCGGGCCUUGAGAGGGUUGGUAAGGCUGAAAUCAUUGAUACAAGGACCAUAUGUCAAACGUCAAGCAACUACCACAUUACGGUGCAUGCAAACUCUUGCACGUGUGCAGUCUCAAAUUUGUGUUAGGAGGAUUAGAAUUUCAGAUGAGAACCAAGCCCUUGAACGACAACUCCAACAGAAACGUGAGAAGGAGCUUGAGAAGUUGAGAGCUUCUGUGGGGGAAGAGUGGAAUGACAGUGCAAAAUCUAAAGAGGAAGUUGAGGCUAAUCUUCAGAGCAGGCAAGAAGCUGCCAUGAGAAGAGAAAGGGCAUUGGCUUAUGCACACUCUCAUCAGCAAAUGGGAAAGAACUCCUCGAAGUCUGCAAACACAACGUUUAUGGAUCCAAACAAUCCUCACUGGGGUUGGAGUUGGUUGGAACGUUGGAUGGCAGCUCGCCCAUGGGAGAGCCGAAGUGCAGUAGAUAACAAUGACCACUCUUCCAUCAAGAGCACAACCAGCUGUGCCAUGUCUGUCGGGGAAAUCAGCAAAUCCUAUUCUCGCCGUGAUAAUAAGCCUUCCCCUACUGGUCCUAAACUGAGCCGACCUCCAAGUCGCCAAUCCCCUUCUACCCCUCCCUCAAAAGCGCCAUCAGCAUCGUCCGUCACCAAAAUGACAAAGCAAGCAAGCCUAAGAGGAAAUGGUUUGGAAGGGGAUGAUGACUCUAGGAGCACAUUCAGUGUCCAGUCUCAGAGAUAUCGAAGGCAUAGUAUAGCAACAUCUUCAGUGAGAGAUGAUGAAAGCCUUGCAAGCUCUCCUGCAGUUCCAAGUUACAUGACACCCACACAGUCGGCAACGGCUAAGUCACGGCCAAGUCCAUUGGGCUUAGAUAAGAAUGGGACACCUGACAAGGGAUCUGUGGGUUCUGCAAAGAAGCGACUUUCAUUCCCUGCUUCCCCAGCUGGACCAAGGAGACACUCUGGUCCUCCAGGAAUGGAAACCUGUUCAAUCAAGGACGUUGUAGUGCAAAUGGAAGAGAUAUAAACAAUGGCUAGAGCAGGUAGGUCCCUGCAUCCGAUACGAGGUCUAUAAGUUCAUACAAAGUAAACAAAUGAGUGAGUGAAUAACGGGAUAUUGGGGAUCUGAUUUAUGUCUUCAUUGCCAUCUCUCCUGCAGUAAGAGCUCAGUGUUAAUUGGUGCAGAUUCUGCAUUAAAAUCUGCUCACCAUAUUAUCAGUUAUUCUCUAUGUGAUCAUCUAUAUUUGCUCUUCUUAACAACUUUCCUUCUUAGAUUUGUUAUUUACUGUAUAGUUGAAAUGGAUUGGGAGACAUCUAUAGUUUGUUUAGUACUUGUUGUUGUGGGUUAUGUAGAUUGCAAUAGGAGAAAGACAAUGCUGUUUGCUUAGAGUGAUUGUAUUUGAAGUUUCCUUUGUAUCUUUGUAAUGGGGGACUCAAAUUCUUCUUCUAAACUAUGAAUUUGACUUGUUUUUGGUGUGUUGUACAGUCACCAAUGCUCCUGGAAUGACCAAAUCUAUUUAUC